AUUAUAUCAAAAAACUCGAAUUAUCUCGUUCAUCACGUGUUGUCAAACAAAAUGAAUUUGUAGAUAUGACUGAUAUAGCAGAUAAUGAUUUUACAAAUUUUACUAGUAGUGGUGUUAGUGGUGAAUUUGUUGCUUAUGUAGAGUAUAAAAAUGAUGAGAGAAAUAAUUUAAAUAAGAGUUUUGAUAGUAUUAGGGAAAGAUUUUCACAUAUCCCUAUUGCU